AUCAAUAAUCGAUUUAUUGAUGUUGGUAACAUGACGACAGGGACAUCAUCCCCCAAAGCUUCCAAUUCACGUGGGAGUUUCUUUUUCUAAUAUGCUAACUAUAUAUACAGUGUGAGGACAUAGGUUAAUUUCCUGGACAACUUCUAAAGAAUGUUUUUUUUAAUGCAAGUUGCAGAUGAGAUGUUCCUCUUCUCCACUAUAUAAACAUACUCUUGUUUUUUUUUUUCUCAAACUAGAUCCAUAUCUCACAUCGCAUCUUUGUCGCUCUUCUGGAAAUCCUAGUCAGAUCUAUAGGAUGGCCCUUUCCACAAACAUGGCUGCUUCACUUGUUCUUUUCUCUCUUUUGCUGCUUCAUUUCACUCAAGCUGAAGAAUUGAUGAGCAUUGAUGGAGCUCCAAGCCCUUCACCUCAGGCACAACCUAUUGAUUGUGGAGUAGCAUGUGAAGGAAGAUGCAGACUAUCAAAGAGGCCAAAUCUGUGCAAAAGGUCGUGUGGGAGUUGCUGUCAUAGAUGCAAGUGUGUUCCACCAGGGACGUCAGGCAACUAUGAAGCCUGCCCUUGCUAUGCCAACUUAACCACGCGCAAAAAUGUUCGCAAGUGUCCAUGAUUCCAUAAAUGUUCCACUUGUUUGAUGUUAUUUACUUAGUUCAAGAAUAAGUCUUUCUUUCUACUGGGAAUUGAUUUAUUAUUUCUUUUUCAGUCGGUCUUUUUACUUAUGGAUGAUAAUCUGAUAUAAGUAUAAUAAAAGGCUCUUUUUGCUUUGUUUAUUUAUGUA